GGCUCUCCAUACACAGCGGCUCAGUAGCUCCUCCAGCUGGACACAGAGGGGAACAGCAGCCUGACAUUGAGUAUGGUGGCAGGCAGACUGCUGCCAGCGCCCCUCCGGAUCAGAGACUGAACAUCUCUGGGUGCAGCUAGCAUGGCGUGGCACCGGCUCCGGGCUACUUCCAUCAACCAGGAGUGUUUGUAACAGUGUGUUUUAAUGUUGUGAUCGCGGAGAGGACGUCAGGAGAACAUCCCCGGACCCCAGGCUCUGUACCCGGUGUUUUAAACAGCCGCUGCAGACACUGCACCACCAGACGAGACCCGUGCUGCGUGUCCACCUGGAGGAAACCACCACCCAGUGUCCGCCGAACCUGCUCCAUCAGCACACACCGAGGAGAACACCAGCCCCGCCAGUGACACCAGCCCUGCACCGGGAGCUAGCAGCAGGCUAACGUUAGCCAAGUUGGCUACGUGAGGAACUUUGACGGCAGAGCCUCCGCCAUGAGCUCAGGAUAUCAGCCGCGUUUCAACCCGCUUGUCCCGCUCAGAGUCUCGGUUUAGUCGCUGUUGAAGAAGCCGGGACACGAGACAGCCCCCGGAGAAUAAUGCGCGUUGUAGUUGAAAAGUUAGCUAACAUGUAGCCACUGAGCCGGGGCUAGCUGUUUAACGUGAUUCACUGGCUGUGAAUGAAUGUAGCCUCACAUCGGGUGUUGUCUGGAUGUCUGUCGCCUCUUCACAGGCGACGACUCGUUCAUGACCGCAGACAAACACGUUUCACUGUCUCCUCUGAGGCAAGGCGAGCGAGCGAGACCUCCUUUUUUCAUUUGACUCGAAGAUUCCUGCGACAGUAUGAUGGGAUCUCUGAAGGCUCUGCAGGAGUGGUGUCGGAUACAGUGUGAAAACUACAACGAUGUGGAAAUAAAGGACAUGUCAACGUCCUUCAGGGACGGGUUGGCUUUUUGUGCCAUCAUCCAUCGCUUCAGACCAGAUCUGAUAGACUUUGGUUUGCUGUCUAAAGAGAACGUCUACGACAACAACCGACUGGCAUUUGAAGUGGCCGAGACACAGCUGGGGAUUCCAGCCCUGUUGGACCCAGAGGACAUGGUGUCCAUGAAAGUUCCUGACCGGCUCAGUAUCAUUACCUAUGUCUCCCAGUAUUACAACUUCUUUAACAACAAAUCUCAAGCAAACCCGCCUUGCAUGAAGAGGCCAAGUCCUGUCGGUUAUAAUGAGCCGGCCCAGAAAAGACCUUUGACCCCUUUGGAAGACAAAGUGGUUGAGUCUGAGCCGAGUCAGCCCUCGCAGACGGGUGAAGCAGCGGUCCAGCGCAGCACGCUCAGCAGCACCUGCGCUGCCUGCCAGAAACACGUCCACCUGGUGCAGAGGUUUCUGGUGGACAGCAAGCUCUACCAUCGCAACUGCUUCAGGUGCACAGAGUGUCACAGCACUCUCCUUCCUGGAUCUUACAAAUUGGGGAGCGACUCUGGGGCAUUGGUCUGUACACAUCACCUCGCAAGACAAGCUUUAGCCAACCAGAAUGGCCGACCAGACCUCAGUAAGAAACCAGGGGUAGUCCUGUCUGCCAGGAUUGGUCGCAGCAUGACUCCUCACACCUCGCCCUCUGUGAGGGACCAGGCUAAGACUCCAUCCCCAGUAGGCAGAACAAAUGACAUUGACAUGCCUACCACUGUCCCUGCCAUUAUCACUCCUGUUACAACAAAUAAAACAGACGUUUUGGAAAAAGCUAAAGAUAUAGAAGAUAGUGGAGCGACAGAGGAGACACCACGUUCCUCUUCUCCCCCCAACCCUUUUGAUGAGAGCGAUGAAGAGGACGAGGAUGGAGAGAAAGAGGAGGAGAGUAAAACACCAGACAAAUUUACAACCAACGGAGACGUUCCCUCUACGCCUGUCAGUAAUAAUGAAGGUGUCAGUCGGCCGGUUCCAGCGCCCCGCAGAGUUUCUGAACCCACCCCUCCUCCUCGUCCUGCCCCUCGGGUUCGACUACCCCGUACGACAGAUGGCCUUGCAGCUGGUGAACUUCUGAAGCCUCCAACUCCUCCCAAACCUCGAGAGAGAUCACAGUCUCCUGGAAGCCUGUCCAGUGGCACCCAUAAACCCAAAGACCCACCUUGGCUCGCCCUCGUCCAAUCAGAAUCCAAGAAGAAGAAAGCCCCUCCCCCUCCCCCUGCUGGAUUGGCAACACCUCCCAAUGCAGGCUCUCUGUCCUCUCUCAAAGGGGAUGGCUCCAGACCCAGCACACCCCCUCCGCCCGCCAACCCAUUUGAUGAUGAUGACGAUGAAAAUAACGAGGCAGAAGAAGAAGAGGGGGGUGAAGGAGGUGCGAUUCCACCCACAGUGGCGGCCAGUCACCCAUGGUACAGAAUCACUCAUGCGGCUGACGCGACAGGUGCAGACACUCCCCCUAGCGGAGGGAGUUCAUCGCGCUCUGCCAGCCCCGGGAGUGCAAAGAGCAAGAAACGGCGUCCAGCACCACGGGCUCCGCAGCCCCCUGCUGGUAACCAAGUUCUUUCUCACUCUCAGCCUUCCUCUUGCUCUCCCUCUCCAGCUCUCAGCAUAGAGAGUCUGUCCUCAGGCUCAGACCACAGCUCCUCCCAGCCACCCUUGGGAGUUAGUGCCAGCAGGGACCAGGAACACGCCUUCACCAAAAGUAUCUCAGAGCCUUCCAUUUGCUCACCAUGCGACCCCUCUGACUUGCCUUCCUCCUCCACAAACGAACACCUGCUUCAACCCUCCCCGAGCCCGUACCCUUCUCCCAUGCUGUCAAACGCCAGCUCAGCUCCAGCCACCCCACAGACCAGUCGCAGUUCGGGGACCAAAGGGGCUGGAGCCCCUCCACCACGACCCCCAACGACCCCCAGCCCACUGGCCUCAGGAGCUGCACAGUCAAACAGCAAGCGGAUAUGUAAAGAGAACCCGUUCAACAGGAAAGCUUCUCCCUCUCCUGCUAAAUCCAAAACCAAACCACCAAAAGGCUCUCGUCCUGCAAGACCCCCGGCCCCUGGUCACGGCUUCCCACUAAUCAAACGCAAAGUGCAGACAGAUCAGUUUAUCCCAGUGGAGGACAUCCACGGAGAGAUGGGUCAGCUGGAGAAACAGCUGGAUGAGCUGGAGCAGAGGGGAGUGGAGCUGGAGAAGAAGCUGAGAGACAACCCCAACGAUGAGGAUGAGGAGUGCCUGUUGGUGGACUGGUUCACUCUGAUCCACGAGAAACACCUUUUAGUCCGACGAGAAGCAGAGCUGGUCUACACGGCCAAGCAGCAGAACCUGGAGGAGAGGCAGGCUGAUGUGGAGUAUGAGCUGAGGUGUCUUCUCAACAAACCAGAGAAAGACUGGACUGAGGAGGACAAGAGCCGGGAGCAGGAGCUAAUGUCUGAGCUGGUCACCAUCAUUGAACAGCGCAACCAAAUCGUCAACAACAUGGACCAGGACAGGCAGAGGGAGGAAGAGGAGGAUAAACUAAUGGAGGCCAUGCUGAAGAAGAAAGACUUUCACAAGGAACCUGAUACCGAGCAACAGCAACACCACAAGAAAAAAGGGGCAAAGUUCAAACCCAUUAAGGUUCUGAAGCGGCUGAGCCAUAAAGGAGAACCAGGCAAUAGCCAUAGCCCUCGCAAGGAGAAGAGCUGAACAACGCAGGACACAGAUCUCACACCACCUUCCUAGAGGACAUAAGACUGAGGAAAAUAAAACAGGAUGUGAGAAAAGAUUUACAUCGGGCCAAGAAGAAGAGAUGACAUGUCCUUUAUAACGUGUGAUUUUAUUAAUGACUCUAAAGUGCAACUCAGAACUCACCCCAUGCUCAUGUCUUACUUGAUGCGUCUCCAAAACACCAGUGAUGAUUGUCUGUGGCCUUUGUGUUAAAACAGACAGUAUGAAAAACUCAAGUGCUUUAAGAGCUGACACGUGUGUGUUGUAGCUCUCUGACCUUUCAAGCUAGUGAAGUUUCUAAAUGACAGCAAUGACUUGUAUGUUCUCGCUCCACUUUCCCUGCAUCGCACAGCUCGGAGACUUCGGUUGAAGUCAGUUGGAUGUUAAUUUUAUCUCUGUCAUCCAAGAGUUUUUAAUGUUUUUAAUCUCAUCUUGAUUGCUCAUGUCCAUCACACGUCUCCUCUUUUGUUUCGUUUUUUCCCCUCUUUAUUCAAGAGUGUGGUCUUUCAGUUUGAGAGCAGAACUUAUUAAUUUCACAUUCAGGUUUUGUAAUGCUUUCACUCAAUACCUUGUGCUUGCACUCAAAUGACCUCUGCCGUGCUUGUGCUUAAAACUCGAGCUCUUCUCCUCAUGCUGCUUCAAAUUGCCUUGAGAUGUUGUUAAAAUGAAGAUUAAAUUAUCCUGCCCCUCAUUAUGGAUGUGUUAGCUUUACUUGUUUGAGAGUCCCAUACGGGUGGUGACUAUAACAAGGUUACUGCACUCCACAGCUUUGAUAGUACUCCAGCUUCCCAUUGGUGAGCUUGAAGGCAAAAAGAUGACACCCACAUGGAGCAGGAGUCCAGCGGAUCCAUGAUGAAUACGGAGCGGAGAAAUUAAUUUGAGUACUGUGGCUAGCAGCUAGAACAAAUUAAUUAGAAGCCGCCUUGUUUCUUUUUCCCCUGCAGUAUGUCAUGGGAAAAAGUAACCAUAACAGAGAAGCAGUGUAAAGCUGGAGCACAGGAUAUUUGACUGCAAGUUCACAGCUUGAGCACAAGCAGGGGCUAUUAGAUUGAGCAUGCAGUGUUUUAAAGGAAAGCAUCACAAAAUCUGAACCUGAAAUCAAUAAGUCCUGCUCUCAAAUUGAAAGACCACGCUUUGGAAUUUAAUUAAAAAAUAUCCUCUGUUCCAGUACAUAGAUGAGAGAUCUGAGGUUUAUUACCAUGUCUGGUUUCAGCCUGUGGUACGAGUGAAAGGAAACUUAGCAUCUUUUAUCCUUGAUAUUCAUUAUUAAUACCUUAGCUCUUCUAGCUGCUAUAUCAUGGUUGUUUGUAGUUUCCUUGUGGUUAGCUCUUUCAGUGACUCUGUCAUGUGUGUUAAUGCACAUCGUCAAACACAUGGAUGAAUUGAGACACACUUUAAUGAGUGUUUGUGAUGAGAAACUGAACUGGGAUUAAAAAGUCAGACAGAUUUGGACCCUGCGAGUUGUAGAAGACAGCUUUAUGGAAAGUAUGAUAUAUACAGUAUAACUGACAGUUUUAAUAAUAUGGAAGGUCACUCAUGCAAUAGUGAAUAUUAGAGAAGGCAGAUAUUUAGCUUUUAACAUCUCUACAAAACAGAUUUAACCAUUGGGGGGAAACCAGAAUAUGCAAUCAUUAAUUUAUAUUUUACGAUGCCUUUCUGUGUGUUUUUGCCUUAAAAGUGGAUAAGUCAAGUUGUAUGAAUGCUGACAUUUUGUACGGGUGCCAUGUAUUUAAUUAGCAUGAUUCAUUGCAACUCAUGUAAAUGCCCGUAUUUUUUACUGCUCUCUGUCCCCGUUUUGUCAUUUAGAUUGUCUGUUUGUCUGUCCUCCAUUUCAAAUGGUUAAUCUCUAGUAUGACUAUCUCUGCUUUGAGCCUGUCUUCCUCUACAGUUCUCUAGAGUCCUUCUGCAGCACUAUACCUUGUCCUCAAGCAGCAGCAGGAUCAUAUUAAAUACUGACACUGGAAGGCAGAGAAAUAAAAUAAGUUAAUCUAA